UUCUUUCUCCAUAUAGAGGGUGUCGUUAUCAUCGGAGUGAAUGGAGACAUGGAUACACACCUUCAAAUAAGCAAGAGCUAUUUAACAUGAAACACUCUAUGACAAGAAAUGUGAUAGAAAGGACUUUUGGAGGAGAAGUUUCCUGGAUGUGGAAUUAAGGUAAAACCGCAUAUUGAAUCGACUAUGAAGAGGCUAAGGACACUUUAUGGAAUAAUUUAUGAUAUGUUAAUGCAAAGUGGAUUUGGUUGGAAUGAAGAGAGAAAAACGAUUAAGGUGGAUAGUGAUGAAGUUUGGAAGGAAUAUGUAAAGAGUCACCCAAAUGCAAAAGAUUAUAGCUAUGCUCCAAUCCCGCUUUUUGACAAACUUGGUCAUGCUUUUGGAAAAGAUCGUGCUACUGGAAAAGGUGUUGCUCCUUCUGCUGACAAUGUGGAGGAGAUCGAUAGAGAAGAAGAAGAACUUAAUGACGAGGAGAAGGAAGAAGAAAUAUCACAGUUGCCUUCUAUUAAUCAAUCUAAAAGAAAGACUGGCCAAAUGGACAUCCAAUCUAGAAAAAGAAACAAAGGAGCAAAUAUAAUUGCUCAGAGUAUUUCAGAGCUAGGACAGACUUUUGGGAGUAUACUUGAAAAAAGCUCAGAACGAUUGUGUGAAGCUGCAAAUUGUCUAGGUUUCGUCGAAGAUGUGAUUGAUGAUUCCAGAAAUGUUAUGGCGGAAUUGGAGAAAAUGGAGUUAACAGAACAAGAGCGUUUUGCUGCUGCUGAGAAAAUUUUAUCAGUGCCACACCGUCUUCAUAUAUUUUGGGGUUGUGCUAAUGUUGGUGCUCGUCUUGCCUUUGUGAAGUCAUUGGCGCAGUAAUUUUUGUAUUGUU